AUGGUGGGAAAAUUUAUUGACUUUAAAGAUCUCUUAAAAAUUAUGGGUAAAGGUGGCCAAAGUACUAAUGGUAACCGUGUGCUAAUCUCAAAGAUUCGGAAAAACAAAUUUGUGAAAGGUGAUAGUAAACUUUACUUUAAUAGCGACUUCUCUGAUGUUUACGAUAGUUUGGAGUCAAACAAAUCAGGCAAUACCAAAACAUUUUUUGAAACAUUACAUUCGUUUAAACCAACAGAAGUAGAAGAUAACGCUAAACCCAUAACUCAUGCUAAAAUGCAGGAUAUUAAGAAAAUGCUAAAUGUUAAAGGCCUAGAAUACGUAAAUUAUAAAGGUAAUGUUGUUCCUGCUAAAUCUGUUGGAGACCCAUGUAACUGCAGGUUCAAAUGCUUGGAAAAGAUUAUUAAUGAGCAGCAGCUAGAGGCAUACGUCAGUAUAUAG